AUGUUCAGACAUAUUGUUGGAAGAAAUUUGUCACCCAUUAAAAGAUAUUCUACUAAUGUAACUCGUGAAGCAAAUAAAGAUGAUAAAAUGAAAAAUAUCGUCACAUACGCGGGUGUUGGAGCUUUUGCGUUUCUCUUUUUGGGGAAUGUUUCAUACUUCAAUUACUGCUUUGAUCAGACCAGUCGAUGUCUAUUUCAUCCAAAUAAAAAUUCAGGUUCCUCGACAAGUACAGCAACGACGACAUCAGUAGUAGUAAUGGGAAUAGUUCUAUUUUUUAAAGAUCAUAAUUCAGGACGGAAAUCAACAAUAAUUAAUAACCAUAAUAACAAUAAUAAUUAUCCCCCUUCUACCUCAUAUCCUCCUCCUGCUUACUCUAAUGCUCAAGCUCUUUCUUAUUAUCUUCAGCUUAUGUAA